CACCUGAGCCCGCUUUCGAUCAACUCUUUAAGGUGACCCCAUCAGGCCGCUGAACGACUUAUACUGGCCAUUUUACUACAGAAUAACGAUGUCGUUUUCCGACACAGUGCCCGAGGGCGGGGCUAAAGGUAACCCUGUGCAGAUCACUGAAGAUGAGGCUGCGGUGUAUGAUCGGCAGAUACGUUUAUGGGGACUCGAGGCGCAACAACGGAUGCGAAAUGCCACCAUUCUGAUCGUGCGGCUACGUGGGACAGCGACGGAAGCUAUCAAGAAUAUUGUCCUUGCUGGAAUUGGGAAGCUCGUUCUCGUUGAUUCGGACGAAGUCACGGACGAGGACCUUGGAGCUGGAUUUUUCUUCCGGGAAGAGGACGUCGGAAAGAAGAAAGUCGAAGCUGCCAAGGCGCGGAUAGAGAGCCUCAACCCGUUGGUGACAGUACAAACGAUGAAGCACCACACCCUUUUGGAACGGGAAUCGCUGGAUGCAUUAGUCAUGAGUGUUGACCUGGUGUGCGUGACAGAUUGGCACUGUGAAGGAUUGAUCCGGAUAAAUGAAGUCUGCCGACGAUUCGGCAAGCCCUUCUAUGCCGGGGGGACAUUCGGUCUAUUGGGAUACAUAUUUUGUGACUUGCUUAAGCAUGAUUACAUUGCACCUGAUCGUUCAGCGCAGGGUGACGGGCCGAGGAGUGUGAAAACCAGCCAAAUAUAUUCACCCCUGCACAUGGCGCUGCGGCAUCGAUGGUCAGGUCUGACAAAGAGGCAGACCAAGGAGCUCAAUCCAGCUGCUGUGUACGCUAUACUAGCACUUUGGGAGUACCAAAAAACGAAAGACGGGAAAGUCCCUGACGGUGUUGACGCCACUCCGGAACUACUCUCUAUCGCCAAUGCAAUGUUAGCAGAGGCUGAGGUGAACUCGCAAGUCCUCCCCACCAUGCCCUCGGAAUUGAUCGAAUCUGUUUGCAGGUCUGCCUCGCAUGAAUUUUCGCCUGUCUGUGCGGUGGUAGGGGGGCUGUUGGCACAGGACAUUCUAAAAGCGCUUGCUGCGCGCGAGGCACCAAUAGCCAACUUUUUCGUCUUCGAUGGCAACUCAGGGAGCGGCACCGUAGUUAGGAUGAACAUGUAGUUACUAGAGUGUAUCAAUGUAGUGUAGUGAUAUCAGACCGUGAGAAAGAGGAUAGG